AAAGUGUGGCUUUCUAUGCCAAAACUCAUCCAAGUGUGAUUUGCGGUAACAUAAAACACAGGAAAAAAACUGGACCUUGUAUAGAGAGAGAGAGAGAGAGAGAGAGAGAGAGAGAUGGGGUUGCAAUGGUUGGAAGCAGCACUGCCAUUGGGGAUCAUAGCCGGAAUGCUUUGCAUAAUGGGAAAUGCUCAGUAUUACAUCCACAAAUUCGCUCACGGCCGACCGAAGCACGUCGGCAACGAUGUGUGGGACGUCGCUAUGGAGAGACGGGACAAGAAGCUCAUCGAGAAGUCUGUUUCGUCCCCAAAUUAGUCCCCACUUCUGUUCAGUGGGAUUUUUGGACAGCUCAGAAAUGCUUUUCCCAACAGCCAACCAAGAAACUUCUUCCAUUCUCUCUUACACAAUCAUAUAAACAUCCUGUUAAAUGAUAGUCUGCAUAUAUAUCGCACAGCAGCUUCCAGUCAGUCAGAGAUCAUAUUGUUUUGCAUGUAUAGAUCUUCUCUUCUGUUUAUUAUGAAUUAUUUGUAAUUCCAUGAGCAGUGCCCAUGGCUGCAACAAGAAUUGAGAAUGAACUUCCUUUUAACGCCAUCAAACUGAAUUCUACUACUAGGCUCCUGGUAACCCAGGUCUACGCAAAAUUGGCUCUCCGAAAUGCAAAAGGGUGAGACAGAAGCACUCAAUUAAGCCUUUCUUUAUUCUUUUCGAGUGGAAGAGAUGGAAGAUGAAAAGAUUGUCCAACAUGGUGUUGUAAUGAUUUUUGUGAGCAUAAUCUUCCAUUGCCAAUAAUAGUUUGUCUUUAGCUGUUC